UGGUGGAAGCGUAGAGUUUUGGGGAUCUUUGAUCGAAAGAAUUCUUCUUUGGCUACAACAUUUUUAUGGAGUUCCGUUCCCAUGAUAAUAUGAACAUGAACGAGGGUUUAUCGGGCGGGUUCGGCCAUCCGGCGGGCAUACCUGUUUUAAUUUUUAAACGGGAUGGGUUUGGGAUUUUUGGUUAAUUUCGUAAUCGGGUUUGGGACGGGUUCGGGUGGUAAGAUUUUAAACGGAUUCGGAUACUGGUAGGACAAGUUUUGUGGACCCGUUGCCAUGCCGGGCCUUUUCCCGUCUCCGGCCAUCCCUUGAUCUCGCCAACACCGCCUCACCUCUCUCCUCCUCUCUCUAUAUCACCUCUUUUAUCUCCUUCCUCUCUAUUCCCACGGUCGGUCUCUCUCCCUCUCUCCUUGCUCUUAGUACCCCAAUCUCCCUUCCCGGGUCGGUCUCCCCUCAACGAUACCUAAAGACACUGGAUGGCUCAUAGAUGAUGUUGCAAACAUGAGUCUAGCUGCGGAAUCUCCAUUGCACUCUUCAAGUAGUAGUGACGAUCUCGCUGCAUUCAUUGAGGCAGAGUUGGAAUUGACUUCUUCCGACACUUCUCCAAAUGAUCAACUAGAUGAUGAUGAGGAAAAUGAUGUUGAAGAGCAGAGGAUUAAAAGACUUAAAGUGGAGAGCAUAAAAGAGCUUCAGGGCUCAGUGAUGGAGAGAAAUCAAGAAAAUAUUGGUAUUAUUGGUACAUCUAAGAAUCUUGCAGACGAGGAUUCAUGCCCUCCACAUCCUGGAUUUUAUAAAGGAUUGUGCUUGAGAUGUGGUCAGCUAGUGGAGGAUGAUGGGCCUAUGCUUUCACUUGACUACAUCACUAAGGAUUUAAAGUUAGGGACUAGGGAGAGUGACAGACAACGGAAGGCAGAUCUUAAGAAAUUGUUGCGUGAAAAAAAGCUGAUACUGAUCUUAGACUUGGAUCAUACUCUACUCAACUCAACCCGGCUUGUGGAUGUCUCUAUGGAGGAGGAAUAUUUGUUAAGCCAAGCAGAUUCCAUAAAAGAUGAUCCAAAAAGAAGCUUAUUCAAGUUGGAUGCUAUGCAUAUGCUGACAAAGUUGAGGCCCUUUGUCCACACCUUUCUGAAAGAAGCAAACACGAUGUUCGAGAUGUAUAUAUAUACUAUGGCUGAGCGUUCCUAUGCACUGGAAAUUGCUAAGCUCCUUGACCCUGAGAAAGUCUACUUCAACUGCAAAGUAAUUUCGCAAGCUGAUUGCACCCAGCGGCAUCAGAAAGGCCUUGAUGUGGUGCUGGGAGCAGAAAACGUUGUGCUGAUUCUUGAUGACACAGAAUUUGUAUGGCAGAAACACAAAGAGAACCUAAUACUGAUGGAAAGAUACCAUUACUUUUCUUCUAGCUGUCGCCAGUUUGGCUUCAGUGCGAAAUCAUUAUCAGAACUGAUGAAAGAUGAAAGAGAGUCUAAUGGUGCACUUGCAACCAUUCUUAAUGUUUUAAAGCGCGCUCACCAGAUGUUUUUUGAUCCAGUCCUGGGUACCGACCUCUCGUCGAGAGAUGUUAGACAGGUGUUGAAGGAUAUCCGACGAGAAAUAUUACAGGGAUGCAAAAUAGUUUUCAGCCGCAUAUUUCCUUCCAAAUCAGAGCCCGAGGAUCAGCCGAUUUGGAAGUUGGCUGAACAGUUAGGUGCAACAUGCUGUACAGAUGUGGACGUAUCCAUAACACAUGUAGUCUCGACUGAUGCAGGAACACAAAAAGCACAAUGGGCCCUGCAGAAUGAGAAGUUUUUGGUUAACCCACGCUGGAUUGAAGCAGCAAACUACUUAUGGUGUCGGCAACAGGAGGAAGAUUUUCUGAUUGGCAAUUCAAGAAAUACAUGAAGAUUUGCUCCAUAUUGUUGUUAAAGUGACCAACUUGGAGAAACUAGCACAUACCCAACCUUAGAAUGACCAAAAUAUCGGAUCGUUAGGCUUUGUUGUACCCUUGGUUGUUUUUGUGUAGGCUGAUAUCAAAUUUCUGUUGGCUUGUUGCUAAGUGGGUGCUUUGGCCUUCUGGUGCCAACAUGGGCAUUAUUUACAUUAUUGAGAUCUCUUGCUUUAUUGGGAGAAUUGCAUCUCUGUCAUCCAUGCAAUGAAGCUUACGUUGGAAACUGAGUCUGUUGUUCUCCUUCAUGGUAUCUGCGGUACAUUUAAAUAUUACGGUGCAGUUUCCCCUGAAUGCUUGUCCUGCUGUUGUUUGAUCGGUGGGCAGUCUCUGGACCAAGAUGGUCUUGCAGAACAUUGAUGGACUGCAUGCCAUUUCCAAAGGCACAAGAACAAGACCUGUAAAUUUUGUGCCACACCAUUAUCCACACACCGGAGACCAUGGCUUCAGUAUCAAUUUACAAAGUUUUAAGUUUGAUGCCAUCGACCAUUUUUCUGUGCAUUUAUCUAAGAGUUCCAGAUUGUGAAGCAAGGAAAGAACAAUUCAGGGAGAAAAGACAAUAAGAUGCUUUCACUCUAACGGCUCACAAUGGGAUGUCACAUCACGGACCUGAAACAGUUGUGAAAUGAACCGUUUGAAUCUCAUAAGAUGCUAGAUGUGUAACGUCUGAGGCAUCUGUCUGGUUAUUGGAAGUCAUAUGCUGAAUUGUGAAUGAUCAUUGGGGAGAUUACUUGUAUCACGUGCCAGAAGCUGGCAUGCAUAAAGGACCUAGAAUUUUCCCAAUAACAUUCAAGCCUGGAUGCGAGAAAUCUUGUUUUGUAAUAUCUUUCCUGCAGUUUGUAGCAGAUAAAUCAAAUAGUCGCUUCCACUUA